GAUGUAACAAAAACUGCUUCGGAUAUGAUCGAAUUUUCAAAAUCGAACAAUUCAUACAAGGGAAGAUCUAAAAAAAAAAGACAUCUUACAUAGGGUGAACAAUCAUUAGCUGAAACAGUUCGUCGAAGUUUUAUAAAAUCAUGCAAUUAUAGGCGCUUUCAAUUACAUAUGCAACCACGAGUCGCUUGACACUGUUGUCAUCAGUGGCGGAGGGAGGUAAGGAGGAGAGGGGUCCUAGGAUCCCAUUUGGCAAACAAUUGGGCAACAAAACCCUUUAAAUACAUAGGUUUUAGUACGAUAAUUCAAGUUUAGGACCCCAUUCUCUCAACAAUGUUAGCUCACUAGUCACCAAGGACCUCGAUUAACUCUAAAUUCAUUCGAUACAUAAACAUUAGUGUUAAUAAAUUUUAAAGGACCCCAGUACACUCAAUGUCUGACUACGCCACUGGCUGGUUGUCAUUACUAAGAAAGUAAGAAUUCAUAUUCAAUUACCGACAGGUAACGAAUUUUAGGUGAUUACCUCAAUCAUUUAUCCAAAGAUCUGAGCUGAUUGUUAUUAGGGCCUAAGAUCACGAUUAACAAAAAGACUGUGUUCCAUAUACCUUUUAGUCUCAAGACUCUCAGCAGCCAUUAGAGACCACGAGGCAUGACAGACUGCCGCGUGGCAGACCGAUCAGCAUUCCACCAGAAACCGUCCAAAAUCUUUUUGACAAGUCAUAUAUAAAACCAAAUUUGAGCUUCCCAAUGACCAAUCCUCCAUUUCGAUUUUGCUCCUUCCACCCUCCAGAUCGGCGGCCCGUAAGAGCAAGACCGAAUUUCCGAUAGCCAAUUCGUUCGCUUCAUCGCUUACUUCCACAAAAAUGGCGACUCAAACUCAAACACUCACCGGACUUCUGAAGCGCGUCGCCCACGAGUUCCCCGACCGCCGCGCCCUCUCCGUUUCCGGCAAACUCGAUCUCACCCACGCUCGCCUCGAUGAACUCGUGGAACGCGCCGCCUCUCGCCUCGCCUCCGCCGGCAUCAAGCCCGGCGACGUGGUCGCGCUCACUUUCCCCAACACCGUCGAGUUCGUUGUGAUGUUUCUGGCCGUGAUUCGAGCCAGAGCAACAGCGGCGCCGCUCAACGCAGCCUACACAGUGGAGGAAUUCGAGUUCUACCUAUCGGACUCGGAAUCCAAGCUAUUGCUCACUUCUCGCGACGGAAACGCGGCGGCGGAAUUCGCCGCUUCGAAGCUCCAAAUCCGCCACGCCACCGCCGCUCUCUCUGCCGAAGAUUCCGAGCUCGUGCUCUCUCUUCCUCUUCCAUCCGAGUCAGGAGCCAACUCGCUGGACCAGCUGCCAGUGAACGAGCCCGCCGACGGGGCGCUCUUCCUUCACACCUCCGGAACCACCAGCAGGCCCAAGGGCGUGCCAUUGACUCAGCUCAAUUUAGCCUCUUCCGUCCAGAACAUCAAAUCUGUCUACAAGCUCACAGAAUCCGACUCGACGGUGAUUGUCCUGCCCUUGUUCCACGUCCACGGCUUGCUAGCUGGGUUACUAAGUUCAUUAGCAGCCGGAGCUGCAGUCACUCUUCCGGCCGCCGGUCGAUUCUCGGCUUCAACAUUCUGGCAAGACAUGGUCAAGUACAAUGCCACUUGGUACACCGCAGUUCCCACCAUCCACCAGAUCAUACUUGACCGCCAUAGUAGUACCCCAGAACCAGUUUACCCCAAGCUUCGGUUCAUUCGAAGCUGCAGCGCCUCCCUCGCCCCAUCGAUCUUGGCUCGGCUCGAGGAGGCGUUUGGGGCGCCGGUUCUCGAGGCGUAUGCAAUGACUGAGGCAACACAUUUGAUGUCGUCAAACCCUUUGCCGGAGGAGGGUCCGCACAAGCCCGGAUCGGUUGGGAAACCGGUGGGACAGGAGAUGGCGAUCCUGAGUGAAGAUGGUGAAAUUCAAGGUCCUAAUUCGAAUGGCGAGGUCUGUAUCAGGGGUCCUAAUGUGACCAAGGGUUACAAGAACAAUCCUGAGGCUAACAAGAGCGGGUUUCUGUUCGGGUGGUUCCAUACGGGAGAUCUCGGUUACUUCGAUUCAGAUGGGUAUUUGCAUCUUGUCGGGAGGAUUAAGGAGCUUGUCAACCGUGGAGGAGAGAAGAUAUCUCCGAUCGAAGUCGACUCGGUUCUUCUAUCUCAUCCAGACAUCGCUCAAGCAGUCUGUUUUGCUGUCCCUGAUGAAAAGUACGGCGAAGAGAUCAACUGCGCAAUCAUCCCAAGAGAAGGGUCGAAGAUCGACGAGGCAGAAGUGCAGAGCUUCUGCAAGAAAAACCUGGCUGCUUUCAAGGUCCCCAAGAAGGUGUUCAUCACCAACGACGUCCCCAAGACCGCCAGCGGCAAGAUCCAACGGAGAAUCGUCGCCGAGCAUUUCCUCUCCUCUUAAAAUCAGCCCCCCAAGUAUGGUGAUGUGUACCAACUAUGUAAUGAAAUGGGAACUUAUCAAUGCUACAUCUUGGACUUAAGAACGUUAUAUCAUUGUCCAAAUCACAUAUAUAAUUGUAUACGAUUCUGCGAGAGAGGGAGGGAAUGGGGCUUACACAAUCAACCACUUGAAACCCAGGGAAAGAAAAUCACAACUUGAAACUUUACACGAGAAAAACAAAGGUUGAUGGUUUCC